CGCCGGGCAUCCCGCCGGGCUCUCAGCCGGGCAUCCCGCGGCUCGCCCCCGGCUCCGCCCGCCCCGCGGCUCCCGGACGGCGCGGAGCAGCCGCGGCCGCAGCGCCGGGCAGGGAGCGCUCGGGGCGGUGCCGGAGCUUUCCCCGCCGGCUGCCGCUUCCCCGCCCCUCCCCGCCUUCUCUCGUUUCAUUUUUGGCGGGGGCAGCGGAGGCUGCGGAGGGAAACGCUUCGAUCUCCGCGCUCCGGGACCGGCGCCUGCCGCGGUGCGGAUGCGUAUGGACGAAUCCUCGUGAAAACAGCUCCCGACGUUUUCCCCUCACAAACUAAAACCCCAAACCCAAACAAACCACCCACUUGGAUAAUUAAAACGGUUUUUUUGCAGUAUCCAGUGUUGCUAAGGCUGAUUUAAUUCCUACUCUACCAGUCCUAUUCCCAGAGGCAGCUUUUCCAAGGUGAUUCCUGACACAGGAGAUGGUAACGGCGACGGGUAGAGAUCGUCAUUAAAAGGGAACAUGGAUUUAAUAAACUCGACUGAACAAAACAGUACAUCAGAAGAACCUUUCAAAUGGGUGACAUCCAAGAUUCUCAUUUCCAUUACCCUGUCUGUGCUUGCUCUAAUGACAACGGCCAUCAAUUCUCUCGUGAUGACUGCAAUAAUUGUGACGAGAAAGCUCCACCACCCUGCCAACUAUCUAAUCUGCUCUCUUGCAGUGACUGACUUCCUUGUGGCAGUCCUGGUGAUGCCCUUCAGCAUUGUCUACAUUGUAAAGGAGACCUGGAUCAUGGGGCAGGUGGUGUGUGACAUUUGGCUGAGCGUGGACAUCACGUGCUGCACUUGUUCCAUCUUGCACCUCUCCGCCAUUGCUUUGGACCGGUACCGAGCCAUCACGGACGCCGUGGAAUAUGCCCGGAAAAGGACACCUAAGCAUGCUGGCAUCAUGAUAGCAGUUGUAUGGAUCAUAUCCAUUUUUAUCUCCAUGCCACCCUUGUUUUGGAGGCACCAGACAACCAGCAGGGAGGACGAAUGCAUCAUCAAACACGACCACAUUGUUUUCACCAUUUACUCCACGUUUGGCGCCUUCUACAUCCCGCUGGCCUUGAUCCUGAUCCUUUACUACAAGAUCUACAAAGCAGCAAAGACAUUUCACAGGAGAAGUGUCAGCCGGAUCGUGAGGGAGGAGGGGGUGAAUGGACAAGUCCUUUUGGACGCAGGUGAAAGAAGCACCAAAUCAGCUUCAAUGCCCAGCACGACAGAGAAGACCUCAGAUCCCCUGGUGAGCUCCGAUAAAAUCAACAUCUCCCUACGAAGCCCCAGGUCUGAAUCCAAGCACGAGAAGUCCUGGAAAAAACAGAGAAUCUCCAGCACGAGGGAGCGGAAGGCAGCAACGACGCUGGGUUUGAUCCUGGGGGCAUUUGUGAUCUGCUGGCUCCCGUUUUUUGUAAAAGAAGUAGUUGUUAAUACCUGUGAAACAUGUCAUAUCUCAGAAGACAUGUCUAAUUUCCUAGCCUGGCUGGGAUAUAUAAACUCCCUUAUUAACCCUUUAAUCUACACAAUCUUUAAUGAAGAUUUCAAGAAAGCCUUCCAGAAGCUUGUACGGUGCGGGCAGUACCUUUAAGAGCUUUUGUUCAUAUAAGGAGAACAUAGUCAUUGUUUUUUAACCUGUAAAAAUUUAUAUAAAUGAGAUGGCAUUUGUUGUAUUUAAGGCAAAGCACCAGGACUCUGCAUUUACAUUAUAAUGACUUUUUUUGUAUAGGUAAUUUUGGGAGCAUUAAUUGCCCAAAUUUUAAAGAGAUGGAUCAUCUGGGAUUGGUUUUGCUCUGGAAAAAGGGGUAGUAUAUUGUGACCCUGAUCAAGCUGGGAUUUGCACAGCUGCCUAGCUUGAAGCAUAAGGUAUUACCUUAAAUGUGAAGGAAAUACACACUUGAAGUAGACAAAGAAACAAAACUUUUUAAAAAGUAACCCUCAGUCAUCAAUGAAAUGUUAAGUAAAACAACACACAUGUUUUAAACCUUACUGAUAUAAGAUAGAAAACACACCAUGGAAUGACAACAUGAUUUCAAAAGUCUGGCACAGGCCUGCACCAUAGAGCCAAGCCAUUCCCAGCCAAGGGUAGUAGCUUUAAAUAUAUCUUCCACCAUCCUAUGUCAGUCAGCUGAGUGAGCUGCAGCCCUGCCUUGCCCCAUAGAUGGACUUCCCAGUGUUACACAGCACCCCAGCAGCAGGCAAGGGGCUCUCAUGGGUUACCAGUUUCAUAACAGGCCAGUGUUGGGAGCCCUGUGACACUGCACACCCACAGCAGAUGUGAUUAUACCCCAAGGGAAACACCCAAACCUGUGGGGCACCUCCAGUGAGCUGGGUACACAAAGUGCCCGGUGAUCUGAGACACUGCUUCUGUGGGGAGGGAAGGCUCAUAAAGAGCAGCUGGUUCUCCUUGUGGAGAUGUUAGAAGGGAGAGAGGUAGGAGACCAGGAGACACUCCUUUCUCCAUGUCCUCACACCUGGUCAGGCACAGAGCCUGUGACCUCCAGCUCCAAACCAGCCACAGCUCAUGCCAGGGCUCAGCACUGCUGACGGAGGGUGGCUUUGUGAGGUUUGAAAUACUGGGGCUGACAGCUCCAGCUCAGCAUGUUCAGCCCUCCACCCUCAGAAUUCUGAUGCCCCCAAGCCUUUUCUCAACUGUCCCAAGCACCAGGGCUGUGUGCCCUUUCCAAGCAAAUCAGAAAGAACCACUGUGCUGGCAGCGUAGGUCUCUGGAAAAGGCUGUGCAGUACCUUCUGCAGUAGGGGAAGAGGGAGUGACCUCAGUAUGCACUGCACAGCUGGGCAGGGGAUCCUGUGGGAUACUCACUGAGAAGCUCACCUCUAAACCCCUCCUUCCCCCACAGCAUCCAUCCAUAUCCCCAUUCCCAGCAGAGUUGAAAAGGCAUUACAGGAACUGCAGCCCACCCUAACCUAUUUAGUCAAAGGUGACCCCUACAAACAAAUCCCUUCCAAGGCCUGAAAGACGGCAGCUUGGCCAAUCCUGACUGACCUGCUCUAGGUGUCAAGCCACGAAAUUGUUAAGAGCCACACCAAAGCCCAGGAUUUGCACUUUUCAGGACAAACAGAUUCAGGCUGUGUCACUAAGAGCCCAGCUUCAAAUUCUUUGUCAGACAUACAGUUGCUGCCUCACAGGAACAGGGACUUGAGACUCCUUACAGGGGCUAUAAACCCCACUGUCAGCAGCAGCAAUCUCCUGCAAAGGUGCUCCAGUUUGGCACUUGGGCCACCAACCUAGGGAGACCACAAAGGAACUGAGGCAUGACAGCACCAUGGUCACCUUUAGUUGGGGAAAGGUGUCACUGGGCCUUGCAGUUGCUCUUCCAAGAGACUUUCAGUGGUUUACAUUAGACAAAAAAAGAAAAACUCUGGAGAAAGUCAUCACUGUCAUUUCUCUCUCCCCCCCUCCCUCUCCUGUAUUACAAACUCUGGAGUUUGUAAUAAUUUUUAUAUUUUCCCUGCUGGCUACCAGCUGACACAACAGCAAUCAAAAGGGUGCACUCCUGCAAGAUGACGAGGUUUGAAAUUUGAGAUGCUGAACUAAUUUGCUUCUGUCACUUGCAACUUACUGUAUUCUGCUUUCACAUCAAGGCCCAAAUGAAAUGCUAUUCAGAAUUACCAGAAACGGUGCAUCUGCUUUGCCUUUGAUUUUAACACAGCCAGGAAUCUAAUGAAAGCUCACUUGUCAUACCACGGAGCUCUAGCACAGCAGUGGCACAGCUAAAUUUUGAAGAUACUGGGAUGCAACAGAGCGGUUUUGGCUCAUGCUCAGUGCAAACCAGCACACUUUAUUACUAUUGCAGUCAGAGCACAGCCUCUGCAGCCCCCAUGACCUCAGCACUGGCUGCAUUAUGCUGACAGAAAAAAUUGCUCACAGCAUCAGCUGUGCUCUGCUGUCUCCAGAAAGCGCCAUGAAAUUUAGCUUUCCAAAAGGAUUAGCAGAUUAGCAGGAGGCAGCACAGAAAACCCCACUAAAUCAUUCACUCUUGAAGACCUCUGUUUCCCACAUUUCCUGAGUCAUAACCCUGGGUGUCUUGGGGGAUCCAUCCCUCUCCCCCUGCCGCUUCCCUUACAGCUGCUGAAGUACAGACUAUAUCGUUUAUCCUCUUACUCAUAAGAGUUUGACAAUAUCCUGUGAAAUCAAAUGGGAAGGAAAAAUAGGGGCUGCUUUCCAGGAGAAAAGAUACUUAAAAUACUCAUUUAAAUAAUAAUGGGUGAAGCUCAAAGGAAUCAUAUGUAGAUAAACAGAAAAUAUCUGUCAUAUACACUGUUAACAGUAUUAUACUCUGAAACUAAUUAAGCUGCGAAACAUUUCUCAAGAUGCAGGGUGGUUUCUUUGGUACCGUCUUCACUGAGCUGUAUCUGCUCACCCUUCAACACAGUGGUGGGAGAGGCAACUACAAGAAAUUUGAUCAAACAAGUGGGCAGUUAUUCCAUUAAAAGCACUUGCGGCUUGUGAACCAUCAUUUCUCGGUGUCUGACUGCAACUCAUCACUCGUUCCCUCACAGAACCCACUGUGC